AUGAUCGAUGUAACAAAAGUCAUCAUGCACGAGGGCUUUGUUAACAAAUCGGGAAAGACGCCGCGAGGCAGUGAUUUUUGGUUCUAUAACGACAUUGCUGUCCUUAAGCUAAAAACCAAGCUGACCUACGGAGGCCAGGUGGGCCCGGCCAUUCUCGUCAACAACGCCAAGGAGAAGCUGUGGCCGGCCGGUCAAAAGGCUACGAUAAUGGGCUGGGGCUACACGAACAUGUUUCCGGUAAUGAUGCCUUCACUCCUAUCAGCCCCGAUGACAGCCAUGUCCGAAAAGGAAUGCACCCGACAGUUCCCGACCGACUAUAUGCAGCUGAUGAUCUGCGCUUCCGGAUUUUUAAGGGGACCAUGUCCGGGUGAUUCCGGAGGUCCGAUCGUGCGCGAAUACUUCUCGAAAAAAUCCGGCAAAUUCAAGAACAUCCAAGUGGGCAUCAUCAGCCGUGGUCCCGGCAACUGUCAAUACGACAAUAAUGAAUACGCCGCAUUUACCGACACGUACCGCUUCUGUGGGUGGAUCGAACGGAUCAUUGGGCUCGACGGGAUUUGUAAAAGAUUGGAAGAGAUU